GCCAAAGUCGAAGUCAGUAUCGGAGACAACUUGGAAGUCAUCGUCCAAGUCAACGUCAUAGGUACAAGACAAAGGAAGAGGAACCCCCGUCCCACGUAGGCCCUUUGCUGAGAGGAAGAUAGUCUCUGGUUUUCACCGUUCAGCAAAUCUUAACUAGCAGCAAUGGAGGACGCCCAACUGUACGUCUCGGCCAACGCCCUUCAACGACGCGAUGCCCUUGUGGUGCUGACGGAAUUCCUGCCGCAGAUGGCGUGGCAGGAGGAGGGCGAGAACAUCCUGGACAUUGGUUGUGGUUCUGGUGACGUCACGAGGAACCUGCUGAUGCCCUUGCUGCCCCGCGUCGAGCAGGUAACAGGCGUGGACAUCUCGCAGGAAAUGGUGAGCUUCGCAUCCAAGACCUUCCAGCAUAACACCCUCGCCUUCCGUCAGCUCGACAUCGAGAGGACCAUACAGCCGCGCCAGACCUUCCCCGACGGCUUCUCCAAGGUAUUCUCGUUCUAUUGCCUGCACUGGGUCAAGGACCAGCCCCGCUGCCUCAACAACAUCUACCAGCUUCUCCAGCCCGGAGGCGAGGCCCUGCUGGUGUUCUUGGCCCACAACCCGCUCUUCUCCAUGUACCAGAGCAUGAGCGAGAAGACCGAGUGGAAUGAAUACAUGCAGGACGUGAGUAACUUCAUCCCGGCCUACCAGUACAAGAGCGACCCCGCGCAGUGCAUGGCUGAUGUCGCUGAGGAAGCAGGUUUCGAGAUCAUUUCCUGCGAAGCUCCUCAGUUCGAGUUUGUUUUCGAGAACAUUAAUUACCUGAAGAACGCCAUCAAGGCCGUGAACCCUUUCCUGAAGCGGAUCCCGACGGAGAGCCAGGACGCCUUCCUCAUGGACUGCCUCAAGGAACUGUCCAAGCUCAAGACGCAGCAGGAAGACGGCAAGACGGUGGCUAGAUACAACCUUAUGAUCGCUCACCUUCUUCGUCCGGAGUGAGAGGACGGACUGAGGAGAGAGGGGGGGGGAAUGUGUGCGUUUGUGAGAGAGUGAAAGGGGAAAGAGAGAGAGAGAGAGAGAGAAG